AUGGUCAAAUUGGUUACUUCAACUUUUGCCCUGGCACUAUCCCAGCUUGUUCAUCUUGGCUUGACUGCAGCUACAUUAAAUGGCUCGGUAUAUCUCGAUUCGACACGCUCUCCCACAGAGCGAGCCAACGACCUCUUACGUCUUAUGACAUGGGAGGAAAAGGUUGGCCAGCUCGGAGGGAUCAGACGACUUGCCGAGACAGUGAACGGCAAGGUAUCGUACAACGAAACGCUUUUCGAAGAGAUUCGAAAGACUCAGAAUGGGCAAAUCGGCUUUGGGGCGCCUCAGAACUAUGCGCAUGAUCUGUUGCCCAUCGCCAAUAAAGUCAGGGCCGAACAGAUCAACAACACGAGGUUGGGCAUCCCCUAUAUCACAAUCGCGGACUCUGUCAGUGGUCUCAUGAUUUCCGGUGGCACAUUGUUCCCGGGUGCCCUUUCCAUGGGGUCGACGUGGAACAUUCCUCUUUACGAGCAAGCCGUAGCCGUCAUUCGUGACGAGAAUGUGGCAGUGGGCACUCGCUGGGUUCUCUCGCCCGAGGUUGACCUUGCUAAAGAUCCCAGAAAUGGGAGAAACGGCGAGAUGUUCGGAGAGGACAGCUAUCUCGUCGGGGAGUUUGCCACGCAUUACAUCAACACGAUGCAGGAGAAAGAUGAGUCGGGUUUCGUCAAGGUAGCGACGACAAUCAAGCACUGGGUUUACGGAUCCAGCAACGGAGGUGUCAACACAGCAAGCAUUCAAAGUGGCCUAAACUAUAUCCUCAACGACUUCGCAGCCCCCUACGUCAGGGCUUUCAGAGAGGCAAAGCCUCUGUCGCUAAUGAUUUCAUACGCCAGCGUCGAUCAGGUCCCCAUGUCCAUGAACAAGUAUCUGAACAGAAAGGUGCUCCGAGAGAUGCUCGGAUAUAAAGGUCUCAUCAUGUCUGACGCCGGUUCAAUCCGGAACAUGUACACUCAGUCCAAGGUCGCCAAGUCAUUCGCGGACGCUGGAUUGAAGGCCUUACGGGGCGGAUUGGAGCACGAGCUAUCACCGAGACCACCUUCCGUAUUUCCCACGCUCGUCGACUAUUCCAACGAGACCGAGGUUGUAGAGCUUGUCGACAGCUCAGUUCGAGCAAUUCUCGAGAUUAAAUUCGCCACCGGAACCUUUGACCUACCUCUUCCCUCGACUGAGAACUUGAACGAGACUCUGCGAAAUGAGAAGCAUCUUGAGAUCAACCGCAAAAUUUCGCGCGAGGCAAUUGUGCUUCUUCAAAAUGAUGGCACGCUGCCUUUGCAGCGCAGCAAGGUGUCCCAGGUUGCCCUCCUGGGCCCGUAUGCCGACAUUCUCAACACCGGUCAAUAUGCCGCAAACAAUGCAUCCGACUCAUCCUACGGCGACACUUUGCGUCGGAGUCUAGAGCGAGAGAUUGGGGCAGAAAACGUCGACUUCGUUGCUGGCGUCGAUGUUCUGCGCACGAACAAUAGCUCGGGUAUUCAAGAUGCCGUCGACGCAGCCAAACGAGCUGGCCUUGCAGUCGUAGUUCUUGGAUCCGGCUGGGGGUCUUUCGACAACUCGUACGAGUCCCUUCACCGAACCGACGGCGAGGGCUUCAGUCAUCCGCACUUGGGCUUUCCGGGGUUACAACAGCAACUUCUCGAUGCUGUCAUCAAUGCCGGCGUACCGACUGUGCUGGUGCUCAGUGGAGGGCAGACUUUCUUAUUGGACGAGUCGGCCAAAAAGGCUGCAGCUAUCGUUCAUACUUGGCUUGCCGGAGAAUUCACCGCUGACGCCUUGGUCGAAAUUCUAUUUGGAAGUGUCAAUCCGAGUGGCAAGCUUACAAUCACGUUUCCGGAAGCCGACGGCGCAUUUCCCGUAGCCUACGAGUACUUCCCAUCGGACGACCAGGGAGGAUUCGGUACAGCGACUCAGUAUGACUGGCACUUGCCGGAGCUGACACGUUAUGCUCCCCUGAGAUUUGGUUUUGGCUUGAGCUACACUACAUUCAACAUUUCUUCCGUCUUUCUUCAAUGCCACUCAGCCAGUAGCAGCGGUACUGUUAGUCAAUGUGACAAGAACAGCCAAGUCACUGUCUCUGCCACAGUCACAAACACGGGGUCGAUGGAUGGUCAGGAGGUGGUACAGCUUUACUAUCGUCCAGAGUACAGUCAGAUCGAGUAUCCGGUCAUGAAACUCAUUCGUUUUGAAAAGAUUGAAGUUGUAGCAGGCAGUUCCAAACAAGUCAGCUUAACUGUGCCUUACACAGAGUUGGGUUACUUCGUUGACGGAGAGUGGCAAGUCGAAACAGGGCUGUACAACUUUUGGAUUGGGAACAGUUCGAAGACCCAAGACCUGCAGAGCAUUAACGCAACUUUGGUAUAA